UUUUAGGGAAACCCAUGCAUUCAAAACAUAAUUAAUCUCGUCUCUAGUGCUCAUCUACAACAACUUAUAUCUUUCAAUAAGAUCACAAGCCCUCCAAUCCACUGCAACUCAACCAACAACUAAUAUCUCCAGCAGAGGAUUCAACAAUGGAAAGAAACCCAAUUGAGAAAAUCCCAUCUAUACCAUCUUCUUCGCCUUCAUUUCUCUUCCAGAACCAGAAAUGGCCACCCAACUCCAUUCACACAACCCUUUCGGAGCUCAAAACCCAGCGACGAAUAGCACUUCCUCUGGUAGCCAUGAACUUAACGUGGUUCGCCAAGAUAGCCAUCACAACCGCGUUUCUUGGCCGGCUUGGAGAGCUGGAAUUAGCAGGUGGAACACUCGGUUUCACCUUUGCCAAUGUCACUGGCUUCGCUGUCCUCAACGGGCUCUGUGGUGCCAUGGAACCCAUAUGUGGUCAAGCUUAUGGAGCCAAGAAUUUCAAACUGCUUCACAAGACUCUUUUCAUGGCUAUUCUUUUGUUACUACUCACUACACUACCCAUUUCUUUUUUGUGGCUCAGUGUUGACAAAAUCCUCAUUCAUUUCGGCCAACAACAAGAAAUUUCAAUCAUUGCAAAGAAAUACCUCUAUUAUCUCCUCCCUGAUUUGGUAGUCACUUCAUUUCUAUCUCCUCUUAAAGCCUACUUGAGCUCACAGAGCAUAACUGUACCGGUUCUGAUUAGCGCUGUUCUGGCUGUAGCAUUUCAUGUCCCCAUCAACAUAUUACUCUGCAAAGCUAAAGGACUUGAGGGAGUUUCAAUGGCAGUCUGGAUAACUGACCUCAUAGUUGUGGUUCUGCUAGGAUUUCAUGUGUUGAUCACGGAGAACAGCAAGGGAGCACAGUGGAAAGAAGGCGGAUGGUGGGACCAACACGUCCGCGACUGGAUCGGAUUGCUCAAACUUUGCGGGCCAUGUUGCCUGACCACCUGCCUCGAAUGGUGGUGUGUCGAGAUCAUAGUCUUGCUAACUGGGCGGCUCACAAAUGCCAAACAGGCAGUGGGAGUGUUGGCCAUUGUGCUCAACUUUGACUACUUGCUUUACUCUGUAAUGCUUUCACUAGCCACGUGUGCGUCCAUUAGGGUCUCAAAUGAGCUUGGUGCAAACCAAGCAGGCCUUGCUUACCGGUCAGCAUGCGUGUCUCUGGCCUCGAGCAUAGUUUCUGGCUGCAUCGGUGGCUUGGUUAUGGUAGCAGCAAGAGGAAUUUGGGGGCCAUUGUUUAGCCAUGACAAGGCAAUUGUGAAAGGUGUGAAGAAGACAAUGUUGGUAAUGGCCUUGGUGGAAGUAGUCAAUUUCCCUGUAACAGUUUGUGGAGGAAUAGUCCGGGGAACAGCUAGGCCGUGGUUGGCCAUGUAUGCCAAUCUUGGAGGAUUCUACUUGUUGGCCCUGCCAUUGGGUGUGAUUUUCGCUUUCAAAGUCCAUCUUGGGUUAGGUGGACUACUUGUAGGGUUCUUGGUUGGGAUGGUUGCUUGUUUAGCCAUGUUGUUGGUGUUUGUUGCAAGGAUCAAUUGGGUUGAAGAAGCUGACAAGGCACAAAUACUUGCUGGUGGCAUGGAAGAGACACUGAAGGAUGAUGGAGAUGACAAGAAUUUGGCAACACAAAGAAGUAUCACAGUAUGACAAACAGAGAAUUCUGGUGCGAUGGGGAAGCCAAGAGUAGUUCGGUUAGAGAUUUCCAAUCAGGAAUUCACUUGGACAGAAAAACUUCUGCAAACAAGUUCAAAGCUUUGAUUAAACAUGUGGAAAAUUGCACAAAAAAAACUAUUUUGACAUGAAAUGGUAACUUUAAUUUUCUUUUUGAAGGAAUGGAAUCUAACUUCUUUCGCAUCUGAAAAAAUGGACAUCACUAUGAAUAGACCAUACAAAAAAUUCAAGUCU